AGACCCGCCUCGCUCAUUCAAUUGGUCUGCCCCAAACCUGUUUCCAGCAGUCCGCCGUCUGUCACUCACCGUCGCGCUUCCCUCCUCCGCCUCGCUUGGCAGCAUCCAGGAGUGUGCCCACCUUAUUCCUGCGACGGUCUUUUGAUGUGAACAUAUUUACAGCAAAGAGCCGCCGUUUCGGCACGCGUUUAUUUUCCGGUUUCCCGGUAAUUAUUCGGAGCUUUUUGCACUAGCUUUGUCACUUUCAGUCGGGAUGAGUCAGGAUGUAACUGGGUGUUGUCCUGUUGUUUUUUUAAGCUAGGCGGCCAAAUUCCUUCAACCAGCCUGCUGCUUCAAUCACUGCGGGCUGUCACUACGUUAGCCUUUAGUCGGACGAGCUAGCGGACUAGCAGGGCGAGCGCUCCCCGACUGGUUUUCGGGCCUAAUUUAGGAAGGGUUGUUGGAAUAACGCUGGGGAGGCUGUAGACACGUUGGCUGUCACAGGUUUGGAUGCUGCAGCGUUGAAGCCACUCUCGGCAGAUGGUGAGGAUUGAAUUGGAAAAGGCAGAAAAUAAAACCUAAAGGCAGCCGUUAGUAACAAAAUAAAAAAAAAAAAAGAAAAAAAAAGGAAAAGGCUGGUUCAGCUUCCUUUCCAGUGUGAAUCUCCUGUGAUUUACGGUGGAACAUCCGGGUGAAGUCUCAGUUCUUCCCGGCUGGGGGGACAACUUGACAGCGAGGCCCCUUGGCUAAGUCUCCCCUCCCCCAGCCCCCGACCAUCCAUCCAUCCAUCCGCCCGUGCAGUCCAGGCCAGGCCAAGCCGACUGACCACCACCUCCUCCCCGCUUCGCUUGAGGGCCCGGGGAUUCGGGAGAAACUGAAACCGUGAGCCAGCGUUGGUCAGGGUCCCGUUUGAACCGGGCUGCCACAACCAGAGGGGAUGACUCUGGAGUCCAUGAUGGCUUGCUGCCUGAGCGAGGAGGCGAAGGAGUCGAAACGAAUCAAUGCAGAAAUUGACAAACAGCUCCGCCGCGACAAGCGGGACUCCAGGAGGGAGCUGAAGCUGCUGCUGCUCGGUACGGGAGAAAGCGGUAAAAGCACCUUUAUCAAGCAGAUGAGGAUCAUCCAUGGAGCUGGCUACUCAGACGAAGACAAGAGGGGCUUCAUUCGGCUUGUUUACCAAAACAUCUUCACCUCCAUGCAGGCUAUGAUCCGUGCCACUGAGAACCUCAAGAUCCCCUACAAAUAUGAACAGAACCGGGCCAACGCCAUGCUCGUGAAGGAAGUGGAUAUUGAGAAGAUCAAUGGGUUUGAUCAGCACUAUGUCGUAGCGAUUAAAAGCCUGUGGGCUGAUCCAGGGAUCCAGGAAGCCUACGACCGUCGCAGAGAGUACCAACUCUCUGAUUCCACUAAAUAUUAUCUAAGUGAUAUAGACCGUGUGACUGCGGAGGGAUAUGUUCCCACCCAGCAGGAUGUGCUGAGGGUCCGUGUUCCCACCACGGGUAUAAUAGAAUACCCUUUUGACCUGGAGAACGUCAUCUUCAGUUAUCUUACGGAUCUGGAUCGUAUUGCCGAUCCCAGCUAUCUUCCCACUCAGCAGGAUGUACUCAGGGUGCGCAUCCCUACUACAGGAAUCAUAGAGUACCCCUUCGACUUGCAAAGCAUCAUUUUCAGGAUGGUGGAUGUCGGGGGUCAGAGGUCAGAGCGGAGGAAGUGGAUUCACUGCUUUGAGAAUGUCACCUCCAUUAUGUUUCUUGUGGCUCUGAGUGAGUACGACCAGGUCCUGGUGGAGUCUGACAAUGAGAACCGCAUGGAAGAGAGUAAGGCUCUGUUCAGGACAAUCAUCACCUACCCCUGGUUCCAAAACUCUUCAGUCAUCCUCUUCCUUAACAAGAAGGAUCUACUAGAGGAGAAGAUUGCUUAUUCGCACUUGGUUGACUACUUCCCUGAAUUUGACGGUCCCCAGAGAGAUGCUCAGGCAGCGCGAGAAUUCAUCCUCAAAAUGUUUGUGGACUUGAACCCAGACAGCGACAAGAUCAUCUACUCCCACUUCACCUGUGCCACGGACACUGAGAAUAUCCGCUUUGUGUUUGCGGCCGUCAAAGACACCAUCCUACAGCUCAACCUGAAAGAGUAUAACCUUGUGUGAAAGAGGGAUGCGACUGUGCUUACAACCCUGCCCCCACCCCCCCAUCCAUUGCACAAACACGCCCCACUUUCAGGGAUGUCCCGUCAACGUAACACGCAUCGCACAGCGCAGCACUCUAGCUCUCACACACUCGAGCAGAACUGUUGCUUUUAAAUCUUUCUUUCCAGUGCAGUGAGUUUCCAGGUCCUCCCACCGUCAGUCAUACCCCUGCUUUCACCAAAGCCGCUCCCUCCUUUUCUCGGCAGCUUGUUGCAUCAGUCUUCGACCUUUUAAAAAGCUGCUCCGUGUGUCAAGCUGCACACAGUUUUUCUUUGUUUUUUUAAGACGGCUAAACUGCGACCGGAAGGGAUUUUCAUCGGCAUUUGUAUAUCUACGUGCACUCAACGCAGUUUUUAUCGGCAAUGAAUUUUGGUCUAAACCGAAGAUUAAUCUUAAACCCCCUCCCGCCGCCUGCAGAGUUGGCCCCUCCCUCCUUUUCCGGCAAUGUGGAAGAAACUAACUCAUUCAUCUGGUGACAUCUUCUAUAAACAAACACAGAAAAGAUGCUCCAGAGCGACGGAAUCAGGAUGCGAGGUCACACACCUGAACAAGGGGCGGACACCAUCAACUUGCAUCUAUGAAUGUACCCCCAGGUGUGAGCUUCACAACUGCAAAAAAAAAAAAAUCAGAAAAAAAGACGUAUAUUAUAAAUUUGCAACAUAUUUAUGGGGUUUCAACAACAAGCAAGGGGGUCCGGGAAAAUCUGUUUCUGAGAUUUUUUUUUUUUAACAGAUUUUUACAGAUUUGGAACAAAAUAUAUAUUGCAACACUAAAAUUACUGAAUCAUUAAAGCUGAAAAUUUAUAAAAAAUUAGCAAAAUUUAAACAAAAUGACAAAAAAAAGCUAAUGUAAAUUUAUUUGAAAUUUAAGUAUCCUUGGGAUAAAGUUUUUUUUGUUUUUUUUAGUUAAAGUUAAUCACACGCUUCCCUCCUCCAAAAAUGUAUUCUGUAUGAAUUUACAGGGACAACCUUCCACAUGACGCAGCACUCCGAACAUCUGUCGCCACUGACGCAGAUGAUGUGAAACUGCUCUCUAAGUACAUGACACUAGAAAGCAGCAGGGUAAAGGACCCCACGUUGGAAAGUUUGCACACUCAUUUGUGGAGCUCGGCUUCGAGCAGCUAAAUCGGCGACAUAAAGGCUGGAAACUCUACAUGUCCGACGACAUCACGCUUCCCGACGUGACGCAGUCAUCGACAUCAGGAUGUGCUUCUUACGUUUCCUUUUUUUGACGUUGGGUUUUGUUGAGCGAUGUACAAAGGGGAAAGGGAGGAGGAUGCGCCUUUCACAGAAAAUACUCUAAAAGUCUGCAAAUGUUUUUUGUGUAUACCUGUAAAUACAUAUACACAAAACUCUCUGUAUAAAACAAGUGCUCUGUGGUACACCUUUGGUUUUUGAAAAGAAAAAAAGGAGAAAAAAAGACUUUCUUUAGCAUACAGUUUUCUUCUAUGAAUUUAUGGUAGUAUUGAAACUGUGAUUAUGAAUUUUGUUCACUAGAUUAAUAGGAUUUCAAAGAGCCGCACGAUGUCGAGGAAACGAAGCAGGUGGUCGGGGAAAAAGGCUAGCCUCUGAACGCCACACUACUGCAACAGCUCUGUUCAGAAUAAAGCUAACUAGAGCUGGUUCAACAACAACAAAAUCUUGACGGUCUAGGUGAAAGGAUGAUUUUGAGAUUAAUUAAAGAUUUUUUUUUUUAUUUAUAUAAUUUAUGGACCAGGAUGAAGGUGUUGAUAAUUUGACUGCUUGUGUUUCUGUCAUGUUGAAGGGCUCCUUUCUCUCAUGGCAGAGCCUACUUGAGUCUGAACUGCUGUUAAGAAAAA